CACCACUCCACAAAAUCAGACCGGAAUCACAAUAAUCACAUACUCCAUAAAUCAGCUGCGACGAAAACCUUACCCGUUGUUUCCUCCAUUGGCCCCGAACUCUUUUCCAUCAAUCCUAGGGUUAAGGCCGAUUUUCGGGUUCCACUUCGAAGAUGAUGCAUCAAGGCGGCAUGGUCCCUCCACAAUUGGCUCCGAUGUCUGCAGAUCCGUCGCAGCAACAGCCACAGUCGCAGUACCAACAGCUACCUCAGCAGUGGAUGAUGCAUCCUCAGCAGCCACAGCAUACGCCCGCCUGGACUCAACCGCCGCCGCCUAUGUCGCACACAGUGCCUGCUCCGUAUCUAACCCAGACGCCGCAACCGUAUGCGGCUGCGUACCCCGGCACAGCUUCCGUGCCAUCGUCCAGCCCCACCGAAGUGAAGUCUCUCUGGAUCGGGGAUUUGCAGCACUGGAUGGAUGAAAGUUAUCUCAGUGGUUGCUUCGCUCAUACUGCAGAGAUUACUUCUGUGAAGGUCAUCCGCAAUAAACUUACUGCUCAAUCAGAGGGCUAUGGUUUCAUUGAGUUCAGGAGCCGUGCAGCAGCUGAGGCCAUCUUACAAACAUAUAAUGGAUGUUUGAUGCCAAACACAGACCAAAGUUUCAGGCUGAAUUGGGCAUCCCUUGGAGCCGGCGAGAGGCGGGACAGCUCGCUUGAACAUACCAUUUUUGUUGGAGAUUUGGCUGCAGACGUGAAUGAUUAUUUACUACAAGAAACAUUUAAAGCUGUCUACUCAUCUGUGAGAGGUGCCAAAGUUGUUACUGAUAAGACCACUGGACGGUCCAAGGGUUAUGGAUUUGUCAAAUUUGGGGAUGAGAGUGAACAAGUUCGAGCCCUCACUGAGAUGAAUGGAGUGCUUUGCUCAACUAGGCCCAUGAGAGUUGGUCCUGCUGCUAAUAAACAACCUGUUGGUGCGCCACAGAAAGGAAACAGAGAGGCUCUCGUAUAUGGGGGCCUGGAACUGAUUUCAGCUGAAAUGAAUACCAUUUAGUGCGUGGCCUCAUUUUAGUCUCAUAUCAAAACCCUCCUGCAAGUCAAGGCGAGAGUGACCCCAAUAAUACAACAAUAUUUGUUGGUGGAUUGGAUCCCAAUGUUACUGAGGACCUUUUGAGGCAAGUUUUUUCCCAGUAUGGUGAACUGAUUCACAUUAAGAUAGUUGCUGGAAAGCGUUGUGGAUUUGUUCAAUUUGCUACCAGGGCUUCUGCGGAGCAGGCUCAAUCAAGUUUGCAGGGCACAGUGUUAGGGGAUCAUAGCAUUCGACUUUCAUGGGGACGUAGUCCUUCUAAUAAACAGUCAUCAGAGCAGACAAAAUUUGGCGGUUCCUAUUAUGGAUAUGGGCAAGGGUAUGAAGCUUAUGGAUAUGCUCCACCUCCUCAAGACCCUAACAUGUUCUAUGGAAAUUACCCUGGAUUUUCAAACUAUCAACAACCCCGCCAGUGAUCUGCUGCUACAUGAUUUAGGCUGGACUUAACACCACUUCACCAGUUAUGUUGAAGUUUCAAGUUUGGUUUACUGGAGUGCUUGACAUGUUAUUGUUCUUCCUUUUUAUCACCCCCACUCCCUUUCUCUUUUCCAUGUUGAAAUUCAAGACUGCGAGUCUGCGAGUGUGUACUUGAGCAAUAUGAACCAGCGUUGUUGAAUUCUGCUUGUACCAGUGUUUUUGUGUCUAUUCUACAUUUUAGUGUGUAUAUUUACCUUAUUUGAAUGAUAUAUAAUUAUUAAUUAUAAAAUAUAUAUAGAUGUGCUUUAUGGUAGGGUGAAAUAUCACACCAGUAUGCCAUGAAAGUAGGGUC